UUAGUGUGACGUAUAAUCUAGUGGACGGAACGCUUCUUUCAGCAGCAGCAAUAGUUAGUCCGCCACCUCGGUAGCUUGCUAGCCUAAAUAGCCGAACCCAUAAAGCUCUUUAGACGCUUUAGUGUAUAUUAGCCACUGUAUUUUAAACCCUCGUCUGUCGUCUAGUUAGUUAGUUAUCCUAUUUCAUUUCAUAUUUACGGUGUUGUUAUUAUUCAGCUGGCGGGCUGGUUAAGUUAGCAUUAGCCUAGCUAGCUAACAUCUCCGACCAUGAGUUCACUAAAUUACUCUCUUCCUGCUGAAGAAGAGACGGUCUGCUGGACGGAGAAAGAAGCUCUCAUCAAAGAGGAGGAGGAAGAGAAGGAUGUUACAAUACAAAAACAAGUAGAGGAUGAGGUUGUAACCCUGAAAGAAGAAGAUAAAGACGUUACAGUGAAAGAAGAGGGAGACGUUACAGAGGAGAGAUACGGGACUAUCGUGGAUCCUUUGGGGAGCCUCAACAACCUCAUGAUGCUGUAGAGGCAGAGAAGAGUCUCUCCAGAUCAGAACACCUCAAUAAACACCUGCAGAGAUCCACAGGGAAGAGAACUCACUGCUGCUCUGACUGUGGGAAGAGAUUCACCUCAUCAGGCAUUAAAAUUCAUCAAAGGACCCACACAGGAGAGAAACCUUAUAGCUGUGAUCAAUGUGGGAAGAGUUUUACUACAUUUGACUCUCUGACAGUACACCAGAAAAUACACACAGGAGAGAAACCUUAUAGCUGUGUUCAAUGUGGGAUGAGUUUUACUGCAUCUAGCAAUCUGACUACACACCAGAGAAUACACACAGGAGAGAAACCUUAUAGCUGUGUUCAAUGUGGGAAGAGUUUUACUACAUCUAUCAAUCUGACUCUACACCAGAGAACACACACAGGAGAGAAACCUUAUAGCUGUGAUCAAUGUGGGAAGAGUUUUACUACAUUUGACUCUCUGACAGUACACCAGAAAAUACACACAGGAGAGAAAUCUUAUAGCUGUGAUCAAUGUGGGAAGAGUUUUACUGCAUCCAGCAAUCUGACUACACACCAGAGAACACACACAGGAGAGAAACCUUAUAGCUGUGAUCAAUGUGGGAAGAGUUUUACCACAUCCAGCUAUCUGACAGUACAUCAGAUACUACACACAGGAGAUAAACCUUAUUGCUGUGUUCAAUGUGGGAAGAGUUUUACUGCAUCUAGCAAUCUGACUACACACCAGAGAACACACACAGGAGAGAAACCUUAUAGCUGUGAUCAAUGUGGGAAGAGUUUUGUUACAUCUCGACAUCUGACUAUACACCACAGAACACACACAGGAGAGAAAUUGUAUAGCUGUGAUGAAUGUGGGAAGAGUUUUACUACUUCUGGCUAUCUGACAGUGCACCAGAGAAGACACACAGGAGAUAAACCUUAUAGCUGUGGUCAAUGUGGGAAGAGUUUUUGUCAAUCUAGUGAUCUGACAGUGCACCAGAGAACACACACAGGAGAGAAAUCGUAUAGCUGUGAUCAAUGUGGGAAGAGUUUUACUACAUCUGGCUCUCUGACUUUACACCAGAGAACACACACAGGAGAGAAACCUUAUAGCUGUGGUCAAUGUAGGAAGAGUUUUUGUCAAUCUAGUGAACUGACAGUGCACCAGAGAACACACACAGGAGAGAAACCGUAUAGCUGUAAUCAAUGUGGGAAGAGUUUUGUUACAUCUAGCUAUCUGACUAUACACCAGAGAACACACACAGGAGAGAAACCUUAUAGCUGUAAUAUAUGUGUGCAGAGGUUUGUUACAUCUGGGCAGCUGAAUGUACACCAGAGAAAACACACACAAUAGAAAUCUUAUAGCUGUGAUCAAUGUGGGAAGAGUUUUACUCAGUCAAACAACACCAGAGAACACACACAGGAGAGAAACCACUUAGCUGUGACCAGAGGUAAGCUGAUAAAAGAUCUUUGACUAAACAUCAGAAAAUACAUGAAGCAGUUGUUUCAUGAUAUCAAUUAAUUUAACAUUGUAGUAGGAGUAUUUUAAUAUUGUCACAAUGUAGAAUGUUUUAACAUUGUAGUAGGAAUAUUUUAAUGAUGUCACAAUGUAGAAUGUUUUAACAUUUUUUUUAAUCUUUAUUUAACUAGGCAAGUCAGUUAAGAACAAAUUCUUAUUUUGAAUGACGGGCUAGGAACAGUGGGUUAACUGCCUGUUCAGGGGCAGAACGACAGAUUUGUACCUUGUCAGCUCGGGGAUUUGAACUUGCAACCUUCCGGUUACUAGUCCAACGCUCUAACCACUACUAGGCUACGCUGCCGCCCCAAAUUGUAGUGGGAUUAUUUUAAUAAUGUCACAAUGUAGAAUGUUUUAACAUUGUAGUAGGAGUAUUUUAAUGAUGUCACAAUGUAGAACCCUAAAUGUUUGUCCCCUGUUCUAUUGAUUUCAACAUGAUAUGGAUAUUAGCCUCAGGGGGAAAAUCCAGGCUCUGAAUUGGAAGAGUACUAUUUAUGUGAUUUAGUAAGUACACAUUAUUCCCAGAUUCCGUGUGGGUGUUUGAGCUGCUAGUUUUAACAGGACGUGCAACCUCAUCUCCCUCCUGUCGCAUAAAUGAUUUUAGCAUGAUAUCGAUGAGUUAUGACAAAUAAGUGUUGCGUUCCUUUGUUUAGCGACCCCUACAUUUAAAUGCAUUCCAACAUCACGUACAACCUGAUUUCCCCCCUAAUCGAUAUCAGUGAUUUAUUGCUACUUGUCAAAACAGCGUUUUUGGUGCUUGUGCAGUUUUUAUAAGGAGCUUGUUUAAAAAAAUACAAGAAAUAUGAUUAUUGUGGCAGAUGUUUGUGUAAAUAGCACAUGUUAUGUUUAGGUUUUCAAUUUAUCCCAAACUGUUUCUGCAUAUUGGUUAUUGAUUUGGACACGUUAAAACUGUGUUUUGACAUUGAGGCUAUCCCACCUAGCAAAAUGUAAUUGAAAAGACAUUGAAAAUAAGACUGCAAUCAACAACACAUUUUUAUUUUAUGUUUUAUUAUACCAUGCCUUACCAUUAAGUGAAUUAUUGACAAUACAUAUUAUCAAAGGGGUGUACAUUCAUGUAACUUUUAGUAAUCAUAAUUAUUUAUGCAAUCAACUGACAAUUUUCGGGUAUAAAUAUAUUGACAUUGUUGCCCUUCUUUUAGAAUAUCAGGGUUCAUUCUCAGAUGUGCCAAACCAAAUGUACUAGAGCAUGACAUUGGGGACUGGACCCCGAUCCAACAACAUGCCUAUCGAGUGAUCCCUGUAAAGAGAGAGAAGCUUCGCAGUGAGGUGGAAAGUUACUACGGAUAUUGCAGGAGUUUCCUCUUGAAAUCAGACAUGUCUGUUGUAAGGACAACUUGGUUGCUGAUUGUCUCAAGAGUUAAAAAGAUUUGUGUUUUGCGUUUAGCCAGUGCGUUGCCAUGGAUCACAAUUUAUUUUGACUGCACGUUUUUCCGUAUUGGAGAUGAGUUUUGUUUGGGCUCAUGAAGCAUUGUAGUUGAUAAUGUGAAAUGGAAAUUGUUUUCUGUUGUCCAACAAAAAUAUAGGAUAUAUUUUUUCUCUUAAGGUGUUACAGUCUUUGGUUUUCCAUUUAUGUUUUGAGGUUGGAUUUCAGCACGUAUAGCUCAUUAGCUCGUAGGACGCACUGAUUGGUGUCACCUCGUUAGUCAGUAUGUGUUACACCUGUGCUGGCUUGUCCAUCUCGUUAGUGGGAAGGUGUUUCACCUGAGCUGGUCCAGGUUCUAUUUAAGAGUGUCUGGCCCAGUGCUCCAGUUGUCUUGAUAGAUGUGGAGAGUCAACACCUUUAGUUGCUCCACCUUUUUGGUUUGCUUCCUGUCUUUAAGUUUGGUGUGGGUUUUUCUUUUGUUUGCCUCUUCUUGGGCAGAUUUAGUGGGUCUUAUGGUGGGUGUCUUUUAGGUCCCAGUUGUUGUUACUAGUCAACUUUCAGUGGACACCCCCAUAGUGACUUUCAGAGCCCAUCCUAAAAAACAACCUUAUAUUUUGGGAUUGGAUAUUUUAAUAUUUUAAUCAAUAGCAUUUCCUUAGGAUGCUCAUUAGUCUUUAAGUUGGUAUUAUUGUUUUUUAUCCUGUUAUGUUUGUGUACUAAAUAUUCCUGUUUAUUUUCAUUGUUUUCUCCUGAGAAGCCAUUGUGUUGCAUGUCUGAAAUGUGCUGUAUAAAUAAAGCUUGAUUUGAUUUCAACAAA